GUCAUAAAUACAAUAAUUACAGCUUAGGCAGAAAUAAGCAACGCACUCUCCUAGUUCCACAGGCUGCCUGCAUAGCUACAACACUGCUGUCACACUGACAGGAGGGAGACAAGCCCAGGAAAUACUUCACUGUACUGCGCUGUUGUUUGUAUUGAAUUGUACCAGGAUUUUAUUUUUCACCUGAUUUUUUUGUUUUUUUUUUUCAUUUCCAGCCAUGGAUUUGCUCCUGGAUUCUGGCUAACCAUGACAGUCUCCUCAAAGUCAAACUGAAUCUUCCUAACUCACAAAAACUAGUAGCGGGAAUCAUUUACAAAAUGUCUGUGACUGCCCUGUUCCGGGGCAAGUGGGGGCAGAAGUCACAGGAAAACUCAGAGAAGCGCCCAGCAGCUGUGGUUCAACCCAGUCAUGAGGAAGACGAUGACGAGGAUGACUCCAAAGUUGGUUUCAGCAGAGAGCCUAUCCGCAGGAACUCCCGCUUUUACCGCUCAAUGAGGAAAAAGAGGCUGGUCUCAUCUGAGCAGUCUGAAAGUCCCACCAAGCCUGGUUUGGACCAUAGUCCAUCCAACAAAGCAGGAGUCUCCAACUCUAAUACUCCUUUACCCAACAAAUCACCUUUGUUGCCUGGGGCCAGACGCCCUCAGCUUUCACCACAGCUCCAUCAUUCCAGAACUGUGUUGCCAAGCAAUGGUGAGGCCAGCAGCAGACAUGCUCUGUACAACAGGGAUGCUGUGGAUAAGAGAAGAGGAGGAGUGGGAGGAGGGAGUGUGGACAUAUCCGCUGCCUCCAACAGCAAGCAUAGAGAUUCUACAUCUGACAUGAUCUCUUACCGGACUCACGGCAUUCACAGUGGAGACAUUAAAAAGCUGUCUGAGAAAACAGCUGCAGCUUGCACUGUACAGGAGGUCAGACGGAUAGAAAUGAGCUCACAACAGCCCAGUCCUGACGGAGCAGACCGGGAUAACGCCAACCUCAGGUUGCUGAGCAAUGGAGAAAGCUCCCAGACGAUCGGCCACAGCCUCAACAUCGUCAAAAACAUUGCGUUCCUGUACCAGGAAUAUCGGGAUACCUCAAAGCAGCAGGAGAUCGAGCAACGGCGGCAGCGGGACAACCUUUCCCCUAGGGUUACUGCAGGGACCGUGGUGGCAGAGUCCGGUGUCGUGUCCCCCCCGGCAUUACAGCUUCAGCUGAGGAACAGCGCUCGCUCGUUGACCUUGUGGCAGAACCUGGACCCCGUGCAGGCCAGCGGCCUGCUCAGCCAGUUACCGCAGAAGGAAAUCAUAAUGCAAGAGGCCAUGUUUGAGCUCGUUACCUCAGAAGCAUCCUACUACAAGAGUCUGGAAAUUCUGGAGACUCACUUCCUCCGUAACCCUGUUUUAAUCAACACUCUCAGCCAAUCUGACAUGCACUUCCUGUUCUCCAACAUCGAGGAGGUCAUGAAGGCCAGUGAAAGGUUCCUGAUGGAUCUUGAGCACCGAAUCGAGAAGUCUAUUCUGAUUUCGGAUGUUUGUGACAUUGUUUACCACCAUGCGGUGAAGCACUUCAGUGUGUUCAUCAAAUACGUUAUUAACCAGGUUUACCAGGAGAAGAACUACAGACGUAUUUUAGAGGGAAACCAGGCAUUUCGGGAGGCCAUGGCUGGUCUGGAGAAUCAUCCUCGUGUCAGGGGCCUGUCCUUCACCUCGUUCCUCAUCCUUCCUUUCCAGAGGAUCACAAGGCUCAAGCUGCUGGUGCAAAACAUCCUGAAAAAAGCUGAGGAAAACUCUGAGAGGGAAGCAAAUGCUAUAAAAGCACAUCAGCAACUGGAGCACAUUGUGAAAGAGUGUAACGAAGGGGUACGAAAAAUGAGCCGCACUGAGGAGCUUAUCAGCAUCGAGAAAACACUGGAGUUUAAAUCCAAGUCUGUGCCCAUCAUUUCCCACUCGCGCUGGCUGCUAAAGAAGGGUGAAGUGCAGCUAAUGGCUGGACCCAAGAGCACGAGGACCAUGCGCAGCCGUAAACUCUACCAACCGCUCUACUUGUUCCUGUUCAACAACCUGCUGCUGAUCACCAAACCCAGCUCAGGUGGGGACAAGUUCCAGGUUCUGGACUCAUGCAUGCGGGCCAUGUUAAGGACCGAAGACCUUGAAGACCAGGGCCAGUUGCUGGCCAAUGUCUUUAAUCUCAAGCUCCUGGAGAACCAAGAGGAGCGUCCAGUCAGCUACAUGCUCAAGACCAUCAGCAUGAGUGACAAGCUUCGGUGGAUGUGUGCUCUCACUCCUAACCGGCGCACACGCUUUAUGUCUACUAGUGCCCACCAACCAGACUCUCCACAGGUGCAGUGUAUUCAGUCGUACUCAUCCCAGGAGCCGGAUGAACUCUCCAUUGAGAUGGCUGAUGUUUUGAACCUCCUAGAGAGAACUGAUGAUGGCUGGAUGAUGGGUGAAAGGCUUCAUGACGGUGAAAGGGGCUGGUUCCCUAGUCGUAUAGUAGAGGAGAUCCAGAGCAAGGAGGUCCGAGCUCAGAACCUGAGAGAGGCCUUCAGGGUCCAGCAAGCCCAGGAAGGGGGAAGCGGCCCGCAAACCGGAGCCAGGGUUGGUUUGAGGGCAGGGAGACGCACCCCAAGGGUCUCCAGCCUCUCCAGUUCUUGGAGCGAUCAAAUGGGGGACAACAGUGAAGUAAAUCAGUGAAUCAGUAACAAUAAUGAAUGUCACCAUUCAGGACAUAUGCACUAAGAGAAACAUAAUCAGGAUACAUGUGACUUUAUUCCCAUACAAUGGCAUCUUGUCCCUUUGAUUUUCAGCAGUGGAUGGUUUUGAGAAAUCCACAGCUUCGGUCUCAGUGAUCUGGGACAAAUGAUCACAGUGCUUGAGUCAGUAACCUUGUACAAGCGAUGCUGCAUGUCUCAUGUAAACGUGUAGUGAAGGUGUAUCGUAGGCCAACACACUAUGGUGUGUAAUGCAUGGAGCAAAGCUCUGUGUUUGGUUCAGGGCUUUGUGUGGGAAUGGCCCUAACACAACCCUAAUAGUCUGAAAACAGUACUGUAAACAUUCCUCAGCUGCAUGGACAAGUUUUAAAAAUUGAAUGUGUUCAUUUCAUUGUAAAAUACCCUUCAACACUGAAUUAUACAAAUAUUCAAGUGUUUGGUGGCCCUGAGAGCGCAGUGCAAUCCAACUCGUACAUGCAAAUAGACAAAAUCAAGUAAAAUGAAGAAAACAUCUCCAUCAGUUUGGCAACUUGUACAUCAUUCUGAAUAAAUGUGACUUUUUAAUAUUACAUUUUUUUUUUCAUUAAAACUUAUAUAUCAAGUUUUAAUAUUCAAAUUCUAAUAAUUUUAUGAUUCAGAUAUUAUGGCCAUUAUUUGAAUUUGAUCAUCUAGUAAUCAAACUUAGCUCCCUGUCCAACACCAAUGACUGAUAGUGGACUUGGAUUUGGACCCAUGACCCCAGGUGUGUUUAGGCAUGUUCAUCUUUUUUGUAAUUUCAUUCCGUGCAGCUUCCACGCCAGCAUUUCUGUAUUCAGUUGUUUUCUGUUAUUGCUGUGUGUUCAUGUAGUUGGUUGCGUUUUGUCUCUUUGCAUCAUUGUUUCUUGCUGCACGUGUGUUGUUAAGCUCAAGAAGUUUUCUCCAUUUUUUUUUUUGCUUGCAUGCAGUUGCACUGAGCUUUCAGGACCACCAUAUAAGUGUCUGAUAAAAUAAAUACAUAGAAUAGUAUUGUAUGAAAAUCACCAAUGAAUAUUUAAAAGGUCUGUGUCUAUGAAUAUUCAUUUAAGUCAGUCAGCUGAGGUGGUACUCCAACUAAAAUGUAUCUUUUGAGUGUGAAAAUCUGCCACAGCAAUCAGCCACACGUGAUUGCGCGUGGCUGUAAUAAGGAUGCUCCGUCAUGGAGAAGAGUGGCAGGAGUCAGCUUGGCUUCACUGUGGAUGCAGCAGUGUCAGAAACAUCCAUAGAAAUCAGAGGUGAGAUUGCAAACACAAACGCCUCCACCAGAUAAUGUUGAUAGUAUUUCUCUGUAGGUUGGGGACACGGCUACCAAAAAUAAUAUGUCAGAUUGGAAAAAAAAAAAAAUGCUAUGCUGGCAGGAAUCCAAGUCAACAGACUGGCACAAUAGCCAAUCAGAACACACACACACACACACACACCCCUCCUACCAAAACAAACUUGUGGUCUGCAUACCUAGGUUUAUUUGAAUGGCAUCUGCAGAGCCUUGUGCUAUACAGAGUCCUUAAAGAUUCCCUUUAAAUCAAACUGCCUGGCUCUAGAUUUCCCAAACUGAUAGAGUAACAGGUCCAUCCAGUCUGAAAGACUGUCAUGGUUCAGGUGGUGUUUAUUUGUUUUAAUCUUCACAAAGGCUCUCUCUGCUCUUGCAAGAGCGACAGGUAACAUCAUGAACAAUAGCAGGGCAGUGCAAACUUCCUGGAGCUCUGGUGGCAAUAAUGACCUGAUACAUGUUUCUGCAGCAUCCAUACUGUACUGUGCAAUGGACCCUGUGCCAGUCCUGAUUUUGUAAUGCUAAGAACAGUUGUUUUCUACCUGCCAUUAACCCAAGCUGACCUAUUCUUUCAAAAAACAAACUCCACUCUAACAGCCAUCUUCUCAGUCUACAGUGUUUAAUACUCAAAAGAUAGAUGUUAUUUGGAAUAUCACUUUAAAAUGUACACACGCUCUCUUUCAUACACACAGGAUAAAUCCUGUAUUAGCAAUUUAAUACCAAAUAACUGCAAUAUGUUGUAAAUGUACGGAAUGUAUCAACGCUAUGAACAACUAUGGCUCAGCAUGAUUGUAAAGCCUGUGCGUCUUUAAAUACAGUAUGUGUACAGUAAUGCAAACAUUUGAUGUUUAAAGUAAUAAUUACUGAAUAAUUAUUUCAUUUUGUAAGAUGUAAAUUAUUGUUCAUAAAAAAGCAUUAAUCAGA